UCUCUUCACUUCUCCCUGUGCCUCGGAAGAAGAAAAAAAAAAAAACAAAAAACAUGGGUUUUGGCAAGGCCCUGGUGCUUUUGCAGCUCUCUCUGCUCUUUGUGGGCAGUUUCUCUGCGGAGGUUGAUGGCCUUGUUUCAGCUUUGCCACCUCAUGCACCUGCGCAUCCCCCUCACCACCAUCACCACCACCACCACCCUCCUGCUGAAGCACCAUCUCACCACCACGGACACCAUGGCCACCCGCCAGCUCACCCUCCAGCCCACCCACCACCAAAGCCACUUCCACCAAAGCCUGCUCCACCAGUUCACCCGCCCAAGCCCGCACCCCCAGUCCACCCUGCACCACCAGUCCACCCACCAAAGCCCCGUCCACCAAAGCCCGCACCAGGACCAUAUUAUCCACCAGCACACCCACCAUUCCAUCCUCACCCAUUUCCCAGGGCUCUUGUGGCAGUCCAGGGAGUUGUCUACUGCAAGUCUUGCAAGUAUUCCGGAGCUGAAACUCUCUACGGCGCUACCCCCGUUCUCGGUGCCAUUGUCAAGCUACAGUGCAAUAACACCAAAUACCCUGUAGUGGUCACGGCCAAAACCGACAAAAAUGGCUACUUUUUCUUAGAAGCACCCAAGACCAUCACCAACUAUGGGGUUCAUAAGUGCAAGGUGUUCCUCGGACCUUCUCCAUUGCCAAAAUGCAGCAAGCCGUCUUCUCUCCACGGUGGGGAUUCGGGGGCCGAAUUGAGGCCGGAGAAGCCUUACGUCGGCGCGAAUAAGCUUCCGUUCGUGCUCUUCACCGUCGGCCCAGUAGCCUACGAACCCCAAUGUCAUUAGAUUUGUCACAUCCGAAUUUGGGCUCUUAUUUUUAUUUUUGUUUCACUGAUGUGAUGAUGUUGGUUCCAAUUGUGUUAAUUUCCUAGCGUGUUUUUAAUUAUUCCAGCACUGUUUGUAACUGUUCAAUUUAGAGGUGUUCAGAAUAAGUGAUACUAGUAUUUUGGUAAAUUCCGGAACGGCGUCUCUGCAAAUU